UUGUGCGUUUGUGUCAGAAUCCUAAGUUGGCACUGAAAAACAGCCCACCGUACAUUCUGGACCUGCUUCCUGACACUUAUCAGCAUCUGCGAACCAUCCUGUCCCGCUAUGAGGGAAAGAUGGAGAUCCUGGGAGAGAACGAAUACUUUAGGGUCUUCAUGGAAAAUCUGAUGAAAAAGACAAAACAAACCAUCAGCCUCUUUAAAGAAGGAAAAGAGAGGAUGUAUGAGGAGAAUUCCCAGCCUAGGCGCAACCUGACAAAGCUGUCCCUGAUCUUCAGCCAUAUGCUGGCAGAGCUGAAAGGCAUUUUCCCAAGUGGGCUCUUCCAGGGAGACACAUUCCGGAUCACGAAGGCAGAUGCAGCAGAGUUCUGGAGAAAAGCUUUUGGGGAAAAAACCAUUGUCCCUUGGAAGACCUUCCGACAAGCCCUACAUGAAGUACAUCCCAUAAGUUCAGGCUUAGAGGCAAUGGCACUGAAAUCAACCAUUGACUUGACGUGCAAUGACUAUAUUUCAGUAUUUGAAUUUGAUAUUUUUACCCGUCUCUUUCAGCCAUGGUCAUCUUUGCUCAGGAACUGGAAUAGUCUCGCAGUGACUCACCCUGGCUACAUGGCAUUCCUGACUUAUGAUGAGGUCAAGGCACGACUUCAGAAAUUCAUUCACAAACCUGGCAGUUAUAUUUUCCGUCUGAGCUGUACACGACUUGGCCAGUGGGCGAUCGGUUAUGUCACGGCAGAUGGAAAUAUUCUCCAGACGAUCCCCCACAACAAACCCCUUUUUCAGGCACUAAUUGAUGGCUUCAGGGAAGGCUUUUACUUAUAUCCUGAUGGACGGAAUCAGAAUCCCGACCUGACAGGUCUGUGUGAGCCCACGCCACAGGACCACAUCAAAGUGACACAGGAACAAUAUGAGUUGUACUGCGAGAUGGGAUCCACCUUCCAACUCUGUAAAAUUUGUGCAGAAAAUGACAAAGAUGUGAAGAUCGAGCCCUGUGGCCACCUGAUGUGCACUUCCUGCCUCACAGCAUGGCAGGAGUCAGAAGGGCAAGGCUGUCCAUUCUGCCGCUGUGAAAUUAAAGGCACAGAACCCAUUGUCGUCGAUCCAUUUGAUCCGAGAGGAGGGGGAGGCCUGCUUCGGCAGGGGGCCGAAGGGGCCCCUUCUCCAAACUACGAUGAUGAUGACGACGACAGAGCUGAUGAGUCACUCUUCAUGAUGAAAGAAUUGGCUGGUUCAAAGGUUGAACGUCCACCUUCUCCAUUUUCCAUGGCUCCGCAGGCGUCCCUCCCCCCAGUACCUCCACGGUUAGAUCUUCUUCAGCAAAGAGUAUCCAACCCACCGGGAGCGUCUAGUCCAGGGACCACUUCAAAGGCUGCCCCUGGUUCCCUUCACAAAGAUAAACCUUUGCCGAUCCCGCCAACCCAUCGAGACCUUCCACCUCCUCCUCCUCCGGACAGGCCUCCUUCUAUUGGGACCGACGGUCGGUCUCAGAGACGGCCGUUGCCGUGCACGCCAGGAGAGUGCCCUUCCAGAGACAAGCUGGUCCCUGUGCCCUGUAAUCGCCAGGGGGAGCUUUGGCCAUCGCGGCCAAUGCCCAAAGCUCCCGCCGUAGCCUUAAGUCCUGGUGAGCCUUGGGCAAGUCGGGAACUGACGAACCGACAUUCUCUGCCUUUCUCUCUGCCUUCCCAAAUGGACACCAGAGCUGAGGCUCACCGGCAUGGGAGUACGCUGAGCCUGGACAACACCAUGAACCAACUUAGUGGACUUCCGCCUGGGUCAGACAGUGAACAUUCAAAAAUAAAGCCUUCUUCAUCUGCCAAUGCCAUCUACUCUCUUGCCGUAAGGCCGUUGCUUGUGCCAAAGCUGCCUCCCGGAGAGCCCUCUGAAAAUGAGGAAGACACGGAGUACAUGUCCCCAUCCUCCUUGCCCCUUGUGCCUCCUGGCUGUGCUGGACAUAAACUGGAGGCCCGAUUAUCUUUGGACAUGAGCCAGGGUUCACGAGGACUGGAGUGUGACCAGGAAAUAGAUGGGUGCACCUAUGAAUCGAUGUUCAACAUCCACUCGCAGGCAGCAUCAUCAGGCUUUGAGGCUGCGAGUGUUUCUGAGGGUGGUGAUGCAGCUGCUGCUGGCAAGGCCGCCAAUGGGCCCGAAGAAUCAGAGAAUGAAGAGGAUGGUUAUGAUGUCCCCCGACCUGCCAGCCAUGCAACCGUGGCGCGCCGUACGCUCUCUGACAUCUCAAACGCAACCUCUGCCUUCGGCCGGGCCUCUCUAGAUGGCGAUGUUCUAACAGGUUUCUCUGACGGCUCCCGAGAGGUUCCAGAGAGGCCCCCCAAACCCUUGCCUCGGCGGAUUAACUCUGAGCGGAAGGCGGGCAGUUGCUUGCAAGGCAGUGGGGCAGGGCUGGUCUCUGCCGGCAACCCCCAGCUCUCCAGCGAGAUCGAGAACCUCAUGAGCCAAGGCUACUCAUAUCAGGACAUUCAGAAGGCGCUUGUCAUUGCCCAUAACAAUAUUGACAUGGCCAAAAAUAUUCUCCGGGAGUUUGUCGCCAUUUCCUCCCCGGCCCACGUGGCCACAUAGCACAUCCGCUGGCCCUGCCUGGGAAGACCCCCCCUUGUGCAUCAAGCUCCCUGGGCACUCCUACUGCCCGGCUUCUACGUAGAGGAGAUGGUGGGCACCUUGAGAGACUUCGGGAGAAGUCAGCCUCUGCCUCUGCAGAGAAUCGGUCAUCAGGGUUUUGCGCGAUUCCAGGUUUCGAAGUGAGUGGGAUGAAACGGAGCCAAGCGGUGUGUCCGACAGUCUGUGCGCCUUUUGGGAGUCAAACCCACCCUCCGCCCCCGUUUGUCCCCACCCCACCUCCUCUUCCUGUCCUGCACUUUCUAGUUUGAGAGAACAAAUAAGUUGCUUUGGAUAGAUACCUCUGGUUUCCUGUUGCUGGUGGACAAGGAAGGGGCGGAGAGAGAGGACUUUGUGCUGUGAAUUCAGAAUGGAUGCCCGUGUGUUGAAGGGCAUCUCCCCAUGGCUUGUAUUGCGCCCUCUGUGGUUCAGGGUACCCGAUUUGGGCCUCUUUGCUGCUGUGUGUUUUGGUUCAGGCUUUUGAGACCACCUGCUACUGGGUACAGAUUUCUUGACUAAGGAAGAGGUGCUGACAGCUUCCUUCUGCUGUAACAGCUCCUCCUGUUCUCUUCCACAUGCUGCUUGCUCCCUUCUGCCUUUGCAGGAACGUUCAGCUCCUAACGGUGCUGUUGGGCACCCCGUGGCCAACAUUGCUUGCCACACACACUGGAUCCUGAGGCACUGUAGAUGCUGGACUUCUGGAGGGUUGCUGGGGAGUCAGCUGAAUGCCGCGCUUCCUAGCCCUGAGCCUUCUGCCCUGAAGGUGCUUUACUGUAAUCCAUACAGUUAAAGAUUUGGAGCAGCUUUCUUUCAACACCUGUGUUCCUGUUGCUGGUUGACAUGAUACCAGGAGCCUCAGGAGUGUUUGAAGGCCUCCUGUCAUUGCCUGGGCUCCAUCUUCCCAACGGGGCGGCCUCUGUAAGAUGGCAUUUAGCCACGUUCCGUGAUACUUCUUGAUUUGUGUAAGAAAGGGCGUUCAGUUUUGGUGUAAAUGUCUUACCACUGAACAGUAAAAAUGCAACAACUUCAUCCACAGCUUUUAUCAAAUGAUGUGAAAGACGAGGGCCUCCUUUCUCCUCACUUGUCCCAUCGCUGAGAAGGAGUUUAGAUCCUCUGACAGACUAAAAGUUGGCAGAAAUUCUGUAGGGGAUAAAAAAGAGAUCAGUAAGGUGCUGAUUUAAUGACACCGUUGUUUACUUUUCAAGCACUUGCUGCUCGUGGCAGGAGUCCUAGAGAAAGAUGCCUUUGAGCCUCAAGAAGCAACCCAGCGGACAAGACAGCGGGCAGAGGACUUUUCUCUCUCUCCGUCAUCCCCUUCCUGAGUUUUCAGUGCAGGCUAGACAAACAGGAUUAGCCGCAACGUGAAGAUUUAUCUCUUGAAAUGUGUUGCAUUUUUGGUGUUUCCCUGUGGUCGCUUGCCCGUUUAAAUACUUCCCCUGGUUCCUAUGCUUGCCAUCAGAAUGGUGGCUUUUUUUCCUCCAGAAGAGGAUGCUACAGUCACCAUCUCUGUUUGGGUGGGUUCUCUCCAGACUGCCAGCCACGGGGCCUUGGGUCCCUGGGAAAUAAUUGCCGAGGAUGCCAGAGGGGACGCCCCCCCCUUUUUUUUUGGUAAGGACACCAUCCAUGGCAUCCAGCAGGAUUGGGAACACAAUAUUUGUGCUAAAGCUGAGCCACUGGUUUUACCCUCUGCAGCCCCACUCAAGCCUUUUGCUUCCCAGUUUUCGGGUGCCAACACCUCACAGUGACCCCAGAAGCCCAUUCCAUGGGAUACGACAAGAGCGGCAUCAGCCCAUCUCUUGGCUUUCACAUGAAACCCUGAAGAUUUCUGUAACCUUGCCAGCCUCUGCCAGCAUGUGUCUUACUGUUCUUGGCAUUCCUGGUGGCAUUUCGGAAGAAGGGAAUGAAGAUCUUCUGAAGACAACGGCAGGGUAACAAGUUGUGGUUGGGCAGAUUUUAAAGAACUGAGUGGGCUGCGCAUUUCAGUUGAGACUCUCCUGGGAUUCUCCUGCCUGCAGUUUCUCCCCGAAGCAUCUGCUAGCUCCUUGUUGAGUUGGGGACCAGUUUGCAAUUGACUUCAGCCUUGGUGAAGUUAGAUUUUCCUAUUCAGCUGCUGGUUGCAGCAUGGGGGGGGGGGAGAAAUUCAUGAGCAGCCAGUCUUGAUGGCUUAGCUAGCCCACGAAUGCACCCUCCUUGGGGCAAGGCAGCCACAGCACCACCAAUAGGCCUCUUUGGACGGACCUCUUGCUGGGCGCUCUGAAUGGCCAACCUUGUUCUGGAAGCCCUUUCUGGGGUUGGCAACCACCCCGCAGGCGAGAGAGCUGCUUGGGGGGUGGGUGGGCGUUGUCGCAGCAGGUGUACCUACCAGCCUCCUUUGCAUGUGCCCUUCUUGUCCACAUCUUGUGUCUUAUACUUGCCUGACGAAGCUUGUCGAGCGGCUCUUUCUCCUCGGACCACAUGAAUGUCGUUGUUUGCAAGCACAAGGAAAGCUGAACCGUAGCGCUUCCUGAGCUGUGAUCCCGGCUGCUUCGUUAAAAAUGGACUGCAUUACACUCCCCUGCCCGCCCGCCCCCUCCCGGGUCUUUCGAUCUGAAAAAGGUGGACUUUUCCUCAGACCCAAAUGUCUAGUGCCUUUGAUAGGGGAGUCUGAAGAAGAGACGGAUCGAAGACGUGGCCCCCUUGGGAAAGCCGUGGCAUUGCUCCUGAUCCGCAGCUGCUUGGGGGGAGGAAUCCAACCCAAGGUGGUGCAACGGCGCGCAGCCCCAGCAAGCCAUUCCCCCCCCCCCAGCUUUGCUGUUGGGGCAAGGGUGCCCUUAGCCACCUGGGCGGGAUGGGCAGGCAGGGCAGCUCUGAUGGGUAGGGUUUUUAACAAGCCAUGGGAUGGGACGGCGUGUCGGAGGAACCAGACCCCCCCCCAACGGCCCCUGCUCCCCGCACUGAAACAGGACGUGGUGGCCUCUUGACUGGAAGCAGACGGCAUCUCGUCUUUGGGAGCGCUUCCUGCAAGUGCGCUGGGGACCGAGGCCAGGCCGCCAGGAUCUCUUCUCUCAU